AUGGAGACAAGCUGUUUCACCGAGGAACAAUUGACCGUGCGUGAGGCUAUUCAGAAGAUCUGUGCUCGAUUCCCGAACGACUACUGGCAACAACAUGACCAAACUGAGACCGAUCCUAAGGAAUUGCAUGCCGCACUGGCGGCUGAUGGUUGGCUUGGUAUUGCACUUCCGGAAGAAUUUGGCGGCGCAGGACUGGGCAUUUCCGAAGCGACCAUGAUGCUGCAGACAAUAUCUCAAUCCGGUGCAGGCAUGGCAGGUGCUCAAUCCAUUCAUGCCAAUGUCUAUGCGACGCAACCACUGGCCAAGUUUGGAAAUAAAGAUCAACUACAAUCUACAAUCCCGAACAUCAUCAGCGGCAAAUGGAGAGUGUGCUUCGGUGUGACUGAGCCAAACACUGGGCUGGACACGUUGAGGUUAAAGACAACCGCCACCCGGAAGGGGGACAAAUACAUCAUCACUGGACAAAAGAUCUGGAUCACGUGCGCGCAGGUCGCUUCUAAGAUGAUCCUCCUGGCCCGGACAACCCCCUUGGAAGAGGUGAAGAGGCCGAGCGAGGGGCUGUCCAUGUUCUGUAUUGAUAUUGAUAGAUCCAACCCUGCACUGGAACUCAAAAAAAUAAAGAAGAUGGGCGGACGAGCUGUUGACGCCAAUGAGGUCUUUUUCGAUCACUAUGAGGUGCCAGAGAACACUCUCAUUGGAGAAGAGGGUCAAGGAUUCAAGAUCAUCCUGCAUGGAAUGAAUGCAGAAAGGUGUCUCCUCGCGGGAGAAGCGCUUGGACUUGGUUAUGCAGCGGUCGAGAAGGCUGCACAGUAUGCCAGAGAGAGAGUUGUCUUUGGCAGACCCAUUGGGAAGAACCAGGCUAUUGCACAUCCUCUGGCUGACGCCUACAUGAACCUAGAAGCGGCCAAAUUAGCAGCGUAUCAUGCUGCUCGGUUAUAUGAUCGGAGCAGAACGGAUGCCACCAUCAGCCCCCAUGCGGUGGGAGUCGCAUGCAACAGCGCAAAAUAUUUGGCGGCCGAGGCAGCAUUCAAGGCUUGUGAGAGAGCGGUCAUGAGCCACGGUGGUAUGGGCUAUGCCAUGGAAUACGACGUGGAGAGAUACAUGAGGGAAAUCUUUGUUCCUAGGAUCGCUCCGAUCAGUCGAGAGAUGAUUCUGAACUUUGUGAGUGAAAAGGUCCUGGAGCUACCUAGGAGUUAUUGA